AUGGCCCAUGCCGCCGAAGCAGCGACAGCGUCCACGUCCGCGCAGCCACGUGCCCAACCAGACCCUCCCACGCCUUCCACAGCACCUCAUGAUGAAGCCAAGACGCAGACGCAUCAACUUAUGCCCUCCGUGUCUUCCGUCACGCGGCAGGGGCCUCAACAUAUUGCCGACAAGGCGAAGUGGACACCUUUGCGUCCACAGAGUACGGUCGAGGCACGUGGCAACGCUUCAGUUGCUGCGAAAGCAUCAGCAGUAGACGCAAUAGAUCAAGCGAAGAAGAAGUCGAAUCGACUGCACCUUGCGACGGUGCCGCCACAAGUCCAACGGCGUCCUGUGAUGACGAAACAGGUUGGCAGGACGAUAGUACCGCCUCGUACUGUUGGAAAAAGCGCUCGGGAUAGUGGUAGCAGCAGCAGUGCUAUCACUGGUGUGAACACGCUAUCGAGGACUGCUACAGCGGCAACGACUGGCAACACAGCAGGAGUCGCUGGAAAGACAAUUGCUGAUCGACAGAAGCUGCAACAGACGCACGUUGCAACGACGUUACAGCAGAAGGCUACACAUCCAGCGGUUGUAAGGGACGACAAGGGGUCAACGGACGAGUGGUUUCGGCAGAGCAAACUGGUGCUGGAGCAGGCACACAUGCGACAACAACAGCAACAGCAACAGCAUCGACAAGGGCAAAAGCAGCAGCAACAGAGCCACGGAGGCAGCGGAAGCAAUGUGACAAAAAGGGUCCUGACUACGUCGAUUGCCGACACGUUGUUGGCGCAGCAGCAGCAGGUGAUUCGACAGCAGCAGUUGCUUCGUGAUAUGCUGCAGAAACAGCAACAGCAGCAGCAACAAGCACAGCUUCAGCUACAGAUGAAAUGGGCGCAAGGAGGCGGCAAGGGUGGCACAAAAACUGCGCUAUCGCCAGCUACGUCCGCAGUAACAACGGUAUCACCAACCACGUUUGUUACUGCGGCACCGACUCACAACCCGAUGAAGAAGAAAGCGCCGAAGGAUACGUUUGGAAUGGAUUUGGAAGCACUGGCGAGAGUUUGUAUCCGAGUGGCCAAUGCAAGAACCGAGAGUGAGAUGCGUCAAGCGCUGGAGAAAAUGACGUCGUGGCUCCACCAGUGUACUGAGCUUCCGUUGCUGCAACUUGCACAGCGAGACUACAGUGAUUCGAUGACCCGCCGCCGGUCAAUGCUUAUCCAGCAAAACCGAUGGCCGCUGGACCUCCAAGUCAAAUCCGAGUACAUCACACACAAGAUCGUACAAAUGCUGGGAGUGUUCUUGCUGCGCGAAAAGAACCAAGGUGCCCAGCAGCAGCAUGCUACAGUGAGAGCUGCCGCAGCCAUGAAGUCUGGUGUUUCUACUUCUGCGCGUUCUGCUACCACUUCAGCUGACGGCACCGUCGCUUUCCGUCCAUCCACGGUGUUCGCUAGUGGUGCUACCGCUGCGAUGACGACCGCAUCUGCCAGUCGCUCGGGUACCUCUGGCAAUGGUGUUUCCACUGCAGGUACUACUGCUGCUGGUCAUGCCACUACUGCCGCUACUGGUGCUGCUAGGCCUACUGCUGCUGCUACCGUCGCUGCUGUUGCUGCUAGGCCUACUGCUACUGCUGUCGCUAUAAAGCAGGCAGUUGUGCCAGUGGCAGCAACUACGGCACGUGCUGGACUGGCUUCGUCGCCAUGUCCGACGAUGCCAGAUCAGUCCAUCAGAGCUCCUGUAAAACGGGACAUGGCGUCGAUCGAGCGGGCGUACGCUGCCUUGAAAAGCCAGUUGCAAGCCAAACAAGUCGAGGUCAAUCAGAAGGCAAAGGUGAAACGAGAUGCAGCAAAAGUGGAAGCUACGAAAGCGGUCGGUGUUGCUAGUAAACACGAGACGACGGCUGCUGUGCUGGCAGCAACGUACAAGCGCUCGAUGCAGCCUGGUACGCCUGACACUGCCAAGAAACAACGGACGGAUGUGCAUGCAGUGUCGUCAAGCUCCACCACGAUGACCUACCGACCUCCGACGACAUCUGUGUCUUCGGCACCUGUACCUCCUGCAUAUGUGCCUCCGACGACAUCUGUACCUCCGGCGCCUGUACGCCCGACAUCUGUACCUCCGACGCCUGUACGUCCGACAUCUGUACCUCCGAUCUCGCCUCAGCUUGCACAGCAGUUUUACGACUUCGGUGUGACCACCCGGACAAGUUCAGAACCUGAAGACAAGAUGUAUAUGCCAUCCAAGAUUGUGUCCAAGAUCAUGUACAAGGCCCUUCCGCGUGUGCACGGCAAAAGCGCAGGUGCCGGUGUCCUCAUGACCAAGCGCGAUGAGCAAGUAAAAAGCGAAACUGUAUCACCGGCUCUGAAUCCAUCGCACAGCACUCUGGACCACGAAUCGCAUUUGCAAGAUGCAUUCAGCAUCAGUGACGAGGCUGUGACCUUCAUGCAAGAGUGCGUCACGGAGUUUCUCCUGUACUUCACGAGCGAAUCGCGGGAUCUUUCCAUGAUGCAGAAUCGGAGAACGAAAAAAGGCGUGGGUCUGUCCAUCUCUGGUGCCAAUGUCGUGGAAAGCAUGGAAAACCUAGGAUUCACGCCUUACGCUCGAGUGCUGGCUGGGUAUAACGAGAAGGUGAAGGCGAGCCAAGAUGCCGCCGCACGGAAGAAGACAGAGCGGAAGAAUGCCGCUCAGCAGCGGGCACUGCAGACACACUUGGCUGCUCGUGCUGCCGCAACUGUUGCCAUGAAUGCGUCUAAGUCGGCAGCAGCUGGAACAAGUGCAGAUCUGCCAUAUUUGUUUGCAAAGGAGCAGUCCAAAUCGGUGACCCCGUUUUCACGAGUCACUGCGGCGACGUUAUCGAGUUUGGGUUCUAGCCUGCAAGCCGUUUCACGAAAUGUGUCGGCGUCACCCGCAGGGGCAGCGACCGCACAACCGGCCGCAGCAGCGACGAUAACGGCGGUGCCCUCGAAUUCAGCAACGGACCUACGCCAGCAGCCACAGCUCCACCAAAAAUGA